AUGGUACUCAACUUUUCAAUUUCGCAAUUGGUUGAAAACGCUAAGGCUGUAGCUACUGAUUCAAACAUCAGUACAACUUUAACACCUCCUAGUUCAUCUAUAUCGACAUCAUCGUUGUCGUCUUCAGCUUCUACAACUACAGAAGUACUGACAGCCGCAGCCGCAGCAGCAGCAGCAGCAGCAGUGAAUCAACCAUUAGCUCAAACACUAUCUUAUUUCGAUGUAUUAUUACCUCAUGUACAAAUGGCUUCAUCCAAUCCAUUCUUAUCAUCUGGCAUGGAUAAUGGAUCUAACAAUCAUAGUCGUUUAUGGGGUCAGCAGUGGUUAGAGCUUCUGCAACAAGCUAAUGGAGCUGCGCAAUUCGGAGAUGUAGCUGCUGGCUUGUUUCUUCAACCAUUUCGGAAAAAUAAGAGAAUCCGAACAGCCUUCUCUCCAGCUCAACUGGUUCAGCUUGAAAAAGCAUUUGAUGGAAAUCAUUAUGUUGUUGGAACAGAACGUAAGCAGUUAGCUGCUCGACUGGCAUUAACCGAAACUCAGGUGAAAGUUUGGUUUCAAAAUCGUCGAACGAAACACAAGCGUGUACGUGUUGAGGGAACAGACAAACGUGCCAGUGAAUCACCAACAUCAUCUAGACAACGAAGCCCUUCUCCUGCUUCAUCCAUAAGCUCAUUAACUUCAUCACCUACACCUGCAGUUAAUGGCUCUCAUGAUUAUGCAUCUGCUGUAUCAGGAAGAGAAGCAGAUGAUGAUGAAGAUGCUGAUGACGUCGAAGAUGAAGAAGAAAUCGAAGAAAACAUCUCAGCACUAACAGAUGAAGUGGAGGUGACGUCAUCAAAAUCUCCCAAGACAGUUAAGAACCUUCUUACAUCCAUUACAACGUCUUCUCUCAAUUUAACAACAAAAUCUUCAUAA